CUUUGAAAUAAUCCAUACUUCCUGCACGCAAGACCAUUUUCCAAGCAGCUGGUUGCUGCCCGUUAGUUUUCGCUGAACUUACAGCUAAAUAUUAUCUAAUUAGGUAGUUGCACUUACUAAAAUGAAUACUGUAUUAUCGAGGGCCAAUUCCCUUUUUGCUUUUUCACUCAGUGUGAUGGCAGCCCUCACAUUCGGCUGUUUUAUCACCACGGCAUUCAAAGACAGAAGCGUCCCUGUGGACAUACACGUAUCAAAAGUGAUGCUGAAAAAUGUGGACGACUUUACUGGCCCCCGAGAACGCAGUGAUUUGGGAUUCCUCACCUUUGACAUUUCAGCUGAUCUCCAGCCAAUAUUUGACUGGAACGUCAAACAGCUCUUCCUGUAUCUGUCUGCAGAAUAUUCAACUAAAAGCAAUGCUCUGAACCAGGUGGUUCUCUGGGACAGGAUCGUCCUGAGAGGUGCGAAUACGAAGCUCUCCCUGAAAGACAUGAAGUCCAAAUACUUCUUCUUUGAUGAUGGGAACGGCCUUCGGGCCAAUAAAAACAUCACCCUGACUUUGUCAUGGAACGUGGUGCCAAAUGCCGGAAUCCUGCCCCUGGUCACCGGCUCCGGUCACAAGUCCCUGCCUUUCCCUGAAGCGUACGAGACCGCCCAGAGCUACUGAACCACCCGACUGUCUUUGUGAAACGUGACUGUUUUAUGAUUUUAAUAAAAGUUUACACCACAGGG